AUGCUAUGUCUCUUUUUCUCUGCUUACAUUAUGACAGGAUACAGGGAUGAUAUUAAGCACACUCUUCCCUCUUCUAUGCUAUGUCUCUUUUUCUCUGCUUACAUUAUGACAGGAUACAGGGAUGAUAUUAAGCACACUCUUCCCUCUUCUAUGCUAUGUCUCUUUUUCUCUGCUUACAUUAUGACAGGAUACAGGGAUGAUAUUAAUCACACUCUUCCCUCUUCUAUCUAUGUCUCUUUUUCUCUGCUUUUUAUGACAGGAUACAGGGAUGAUGCUCCCUCUUCUAUGCUGUGUCUCUUUUUCUCUGCUUACAUUAUGACAGGAUACAGGGAUGAUAUUAAGCACACUCUUCCCUCUUCUAUGCUAUGUCACUUUUUCUCUGCUUACAUUAUGACAGGAUACAGGGAUGAUAUUAAGCACACUCUUCUCUCUUCUAUGCAAUGUCUCUUUUCUCUGCUUACAUUAUGA